UUAGUUGAGUUUGAGUUUGUGAUGAAAAAAGUUCAAAAACACAAACAUAGAGAAGUGAAAUUCAACAUAAAGUCACUCAGUUGGAUGUGAAACUGAAAUAUAGAAGCUAGCGGGAAGACAUGCAUUACAAAGACACGAGUAUUCAGGAGUUUUAAAGUUUAAAGUCCGAGGAAACUGGAGAUAAACAGUGUUUUGAAAAGGGAUGCUUCUCUGAUCAGCUGUGACGAACAAAUGGACAACGAGCAUCAAGAGAGGAGAGAAGAGGAAGAGGAGGAGGAGAUGAAGGCAGGCAAAGUAAUAAAUGGACACACUCCCAUCUUCGCCUCCUCCUCCCUCACCUCCUUCCCUUUCCUCUCCUCCUCCUCUCUGUGCCGAGGAAGAGAGGAAGACGAAGAGGAGGUGAGCGUCGCCAUCGUCACCAUCGACGACGAGUCCUGUCCGUCAGAGCCGUUUGGACCCGCCCUCCUGGAGACGGCCAAUCAGAUCGCACGGAUUGAGGGAGGGGGAGAUAAGGAGGAAGAGGAAGAGGAGGAGAGAAACAGCGAGGAAGAGGAAAUGACGUCACCAUCUCCUCACCUGAUGAAGAGGAAGCUGGAUCACGGUCCAGACGGGCGGCCCUUUUCCUCGGGGAAGAAACACUGCAAAGGCAACGGAUACCUCAGUCCGGCCUCUCUGGUCCAGGCCACCACUCCCACCACAUUUGGGGACCUGAGGCUGGCCAAUGGGCUUUCAGCUCAGCGGCGGCGCGUCACCUCGGGACCUCCACCCUCCGGCCUGCAGGACUGGCUCCACAUCUUCCAGGCGUGGAGUGGUCCUGAGCGUCUCUUGGCUCUGGAUGAGUUGAUUGACAGGUGUGAAACAGGCCAGGUGAAGCACAUGAUGCAGGUGAUCGAGCCUCAGUUCCAGAGAGACUUCAUCUCCCUUCUGCCCAAAGAGGUCGCCUGUACGUUGCUCACCUUCCUGGCUCCUAAAGACCUGACUGCAGCGGCUCAGACCUGCAGAUACUGGAGGAUCCUAGCUGAAGAUAAUCUGCUGUGGAGAGAGAAGUGCCGAGAAGAAGGUGUGUCGGAGUACUCGUCUCGGCGCAGGAAGUCUUCUUCGCCCCCCGCGGAGACGUCCAGCUGGAAGUCAGCGUUCCUCAGUCAGCAUCGCAUCGAGAGCAACUGGAGGAGCGGGGACACGCGGGAGCCCAUGGUGCUGAAGGGUCACGAUGAACAUGUGAUCACGUGUCUUCAGUUCAGUGGAGAUCUGAUCGUCAGCGGCUCCGACGACAACACUCUGAGAGUCUGGUCGGCCGUCAGUGGGAAGUGUCUCCGCACGUUGUCAGGUCACACUGGGGGGGUGUGGUGCAGUCAGAUGUCUGUUGCCACGGUGAUCAGCGGCUCCACUGAUAGGACGCUGCGUGUUUGGGACGCAGAGAGUGGCGAGUGUGUUCACACACUGUACGGACACACGUCCACCGUGCGCUGCAUGCAUCUCCAUGGAGACAGGGUGGUGUCGGGCUCGCGGGACACGACGCUGCGUGUGUGGUGUGUGUCGACGGGCAGGUGUGUGUGUGUGUUGUCGGGCCACGUGGCGGCGGUGCGCUGCGUGCAGUAUGACGGGCGGCGCGUGGUGUCGGGGGGGUACGACUACAUGGUGAAGGUCUGGGACGCUGAGACGGAGGCCUGCCUACACACACUGCAGGGACACACCAACAGAGUGUACUCACUGCAGUUUGACGGUGCGUUCGUGGUCAGCGGCUCGUUGGACACCUCCAUCAGAGUCUGGGACGCAGAGACCGGUGGCUGUGUGCACACCCUCACUGGUCACCAGUCCCUCACCAGUGGGAUGGAGCUCCGGGAAAACAUCCUGGUUUCUGGGAACGCCGACUCCACGGUCCGAGUGUGGGACAUCCAGAGCGGAAAGUGUCUGCACACCCUGCAAGGUCCCAAUAAGCACCAGUCGGCGGUGACGUGUCUCCAGUUCUGCAGAGGACUGGUUCUGUCCAGUUCUGACGACGGUACGGUGAAACUUUGGGACCUGAAGACGGGCUCCUGGGUCCGAGACGUGGUGACGCUGCAGAGCCGAGGAGCAGGAGGCGUGGUGUGGAGGAUCCGAGCGUCCGACACUCGUCUGGUUUGUGCCGCCGGCAGCCGGAACGGCACCGAAGAAACCAAGCUGCUCGUCCUCGACUUCGAUCUGGACGACCGCACGACGGAAGAGGAGUGAGGAGGAAUAUUUGUUGUGAACCAAAAGUCCCACGGACAGGUAUGAAUGUCACCUGGAAGGGAUUUCAACGCCGUGGAUGUAUCCUAAACGAGGCGACAGAUGAAUGUUUUUGACGCUUUACGGAAAUGGAUUUUUACUGAAUGUAAACGACGGACAGAUGGAACGUUGACUUUUAUCGUUUUUGCUGCUGAACCAACGACAAACUCAACGACGGAGAUGAAAGACAACAUGAACCAAAUCCUGGAGACGGAGCAACUUCCAGAGGCAGACGGGGAACCGCUGAAGAUCAAGGAACAUCUGAUUGCUCGUUUACGUCCAUUUGAAUAAUGCGGGAACAGAGGGUGCAAGUCCAGCUUCAAGGGGAGCUGGAGUUGAAGUGAAACGCUCUAAACUGUGAUGGAAACGUUACAUCAGAUUUUCUGUUUCCGAAGCACCGUCACAUUUUGCUUUAAUGCGUAAAACAACUUCUCCACUUCAGCCGAGCUUAAAAUAACUUUAUUGCCAUAUUUCAGGUUCUUUUUGAAGGCGUUUCCUCUCCUUUUUGUCAGGCAUGAUGUCAAGAAAAUGCACAUGAAAAGCCGAGUGGAAACACAGCGUUAGUUUCAUCUCGUCUCCGUUGCCUCGAAGUUCCCUGAGUCCUGUAAUAUAUGUUUGUUAAAUUGAUAAUCAGAGCCUUACAUCUGCAAAACAAACCUUUGAUUGAAGCUCGACAGACGCCUGAGUUCAGAGUAAAAGAGAUUAUUUAGAAACACUCGGAGCUGAGAAACCUCACAGAUUCACGCUGUAGUUUCCUGCCAAAAACAAAAGGGAAAUGCAGAAAAUGAACUAUAUUUGAACGUUAUUGGUUCAAACAGAUCUUAAAAAACUGCUUUAUUUGACAAUAUUUGACCAUAAUUAUACUUCUAGAGAAAACCUGUGGAAGCAGAGAAAGGUGAUUUACCUGUUCACUUCAUUAUGAAAUGUAUUUGAUUCACUUUGAGGUGAAAGGGAGGCAAGGAGAAGCCGUUUAAUCCCAAAUGUGUUUCAUUAUUUACUUUAUUUGGAGAAAAAAACACUGAAUUUAUGCAUUUUGAAAUGUUGGGUGAUCCAAUUAAGCAAUGAAAACAAAAGAAAGUUGGGUUUUUAUUGAAUAUAUAUUACGUUGUCCUUUCUGUGCUCCCAUAGGAUUUUAGAUGGAUUUGUUUAAGGGUAUUUUUCCCACUUAAUUCUCAAAGGAUCCCAAAAAAUAAGCAAUUUUUUGCGACGUAUUUGGUCAAAAAGUGGCUCGAAAUCCCCCCCAAAAACUCUGAACAAAUAUUUAUAAUCAGUUAAAAAUGAAACUCUACAACCAUUAAAAAUGCAGGAAAAAACGUAUAUUUUUUUGCAUUUCUUUAAGGUUAUAUUUCACAGUAUUAAAUACAAUAUAUAUAUUUUUAAACCCAAAUCUUUAAAGGCUUAUUUCACACUCUCUUUUCCUCGGUUUAUAACAUAUUUAAAUAUUAAAUAAAAUAUUUCUCCCCUGAUAACCAGACAUUAAAUCUGCCAGGCAACACCUCUAAGCCAAUGAGAGCAGAGCGGGUGGUUGUUCCCCCCGGCAACAGGUGGUGAUUUUCUUUGAGAAGUGAGGCUCAUCCUGUACAUUACUGUAAAUAAAAGAUGUAAAUAUCCAGCUUUUUAUAAGAAGAACAGAACAUAUUGUGGAGAGAGGAAGGCGGGAUGAAUGUGGAUCAAUAAAGAUGAUUUUAUUAAAAAAGA